AUGAAGGCAAAGAAAACCAGUGACUCCCAGAAGGAUGACGCACAGAAGGAGUACGAAGCGGGCACCAUUGAGGAGAAGAAGUUGAUUCUGGACAAACUGCAAGAAUUCGGAGUGAAGAAUUGCAGCUGGGUCCACAGCCUGGAGUCCCUGACAUCUAACAUUAAGGACGAGACUGAGUCCUUGGUCACCAACUUCUUCACCAGGCAAGGGAUCUUCGAAAUCGAGCAUAUUGACACAGCCGGCCUGUCAGAAAAUGACAAGGAUGAGAUUUUGGAGGAGAUCCUCUCCAAAUCUGAGAAGAGCUUUGGCCACUCGAGGCAGGUGCAAGAGCACUCAAAGUUCAAGCAGUUGCACAAGUACCUUUUUGUUUACACCAAGGGCAAGAAGAACACUGAGGGCACAAGGACAAGCAGCAGCAUGUCAAGCACUGCUGCGGGCAUGAAGGGCAAGGCAAGCCAAAAGAUGGCUUUGGACUUGCUGGGCCGACCAGAGUUGGCCAGUUCUUCUGCAGCUGAGCAUGGCAUGUCUGCGUCUUUGUCUGAGGCCAAGUCUGAGUCAAAGAGCCUGCAAGCUGCGAGGGUUCGCCUCAGCAAGCUGUUGGAGACUUAA